AUGCUUCAAGAGGUGCGUUCGAAUGGCAUGGAGGGCGUUCUGGAUUGCUCCUUAUCUCGCGUCAUCGACAACGAGUACCAUGCGCUCUCGGACGAUGCGGCAUUGGCCAAGAUGGGUGUCUUUGAUCUUAUUCAGCAUUGUGCCGACUUGUUCGAGCAAGUAGUCAAGCUGCGGGACUCCAAAGAAGGCUUGCGUCUCUACGUGAGGGCCUAUUUGGUCUUCACCUACUUCAUCACCACCUAUAUCAUGGUGCAUUUCCAAGGCUUUGCGCGUUUCAUGGAAAGGAACCAUACGGACUUUGUCAUUUACUUGAAUCUCUACGAUUUUUUCCACUCCACGAACGUGCUAGGCCCUGAAGAGUUUGGAGCCGACUUGCAUGUUGUACGUUGCAGUGUUCUUGGUUACUUAUCACUGCGGGAUUUACUUUCCUUCGACACGGGCGAUCUUUUUGGCUGGUUGAACGAUUAUGUCGCCUAUUACCGCGAAAAAAGCGAUCAAGAAGAAGAACUGACUCACCUGCAAGAGACUUCUGACUACGAAGCAUACUACAGAGCAUUGGAAGAUUCUGAUGACGAAAGUCUGCUACAUGGACAGGACCAGAGUAGUACUAAUGAGUCAGUGCCCGAGUAUGCGUCUGUGCAUUCACUAUCUACUCAUAGUGUACACACAGCUCUCCCUUUGAAGUCAGACAAGUCGGAUGCUGCCUCCAAUUGUGCAUCUGGUGCCGAGUCUGAUGUGGAAUCAGACUUUUCCGCGCCUAUUUCCAACAGUUACUCGUCUCAUCAUAGCUUGCUGUCAUUGAACCCGAAGUUCCAUAUACCCUCGAUCCACGUGUACUGGGUGCUUCAAAAACUUCGACAAAGAGUCGGGUUUCUACAACUAAAGUUCCCCCUCCUCCUCCGAGUAUACUGCCUCCCGCACUUCCGGCGGAUCUGCAGACAUCUCUUCACACACAAUCACAAGAACAGCAGAAGCAUGUAA